AUGGAGCCGGGCGCACGGCGGGGCUCCGGGCGCCGAGGUCGGCUCCCGAGUGCGCUGACCCGGGCGCGCCCCGCGGGCAGGCCCGAGGCGCAGUGCAAAAGUGAAAGUGAAGCUGAAAUUCCCAGUGUGCCAGUAAUUGAGUUUAACCCUCAAUUAUACAGACAGCGGUACCAGUUUGUUAAAGAUUUAGUGGAUCUACAUGAACCCAAGAAGGUUGCAGACCUGGGAUGUGGUGAUGCUUCACUCUUAAGGCAGUUAAAAAUCUACCCAUGCAUUCAACUGCUUGUUGGAGUAGAUAUCAUGGAUGAGCAUGAUUUACGAUGGAACGGGGUUAAGCUGCAACCCUUCUUGGGGCAAUUUCUGAUGCCCCGGGAGCUGGAUUUGACUGUUAUAUUGUAUCACGGCUCUGUUGUGGAGAGAGACUCUCGUUUGCUUGGAUUCGACUUGAUAACGUGUAUUGAAUUAAUAGAACAUUUGGAUCCAGACGAUCUGGCCAGAUUUCCUGAAGUGGUAUUUGGGUACCUGUCUCCAUCUAUGGUCGUCAUCAGCACACCAAACUCUGAAUUCAAUCCCCUAUUUGAAGUAGUGACCGUAAGAGAUUUAGAUCAUAAAUUUGAGUGGAGUAGGAAGGAAUUCCAGAGCUGGGCUUUACAUGUGGCAAAGACCUAUAAUUACUCUGUGGAGUUUACUGGUGUGGGAAAACCGCCAGCUGGAGCUGAGAGUGUUGGAUUCUGUACCCAGAUUGGCAUCUUCCGGAAAAAUGGGGGCAAGGCAGCUGAGUUGUGUGUUUCGGAGCAGCGUGAUCAGCAUGUUUAUAAACCUGUGGUUACAAUCUCAUACCCGAGUUUGCAGCAGGAAAAGUACCUCAAAACCGCGCUGGUGAGCGAAGUGUGGCAAGAAGUGGCAAGUUUGAGAGUGGAAUAUCUGCGAGGGCUGAAGGAACAGGAGGAGGGCAGGGAACUGGGUAACCAGCCAGAUGCUUGCUCAGAGGCCCCCAUCCUGUGGUUUGGACCAGUCUUCACAGAAGCUGGAAAAGCUAGGAUAGAGGCAUCUUCUGAACCCUUCAGUGUUAAAGAUAAGUUCUUUGUGCCCCUGCAAAGGCUCCUUGCUCAUCCCAGGCUGAACCACUUAGGUGCUAGUGAAGAAAGGAUGAGGUCACUCAUUGCUGACUCGGUAACUUUGAGCAGCGAUGGCUCUGCUGUGGUGACUGACCUGCACGAUCCUCCUGAUGAUGACCCUGAAGACCCUCCUGAUCCUUGGGAUCCAUAAGUUUUCCUUAUUUCCUGAUAUUCAGGACCUGUGAUAGUUGGGCUCACUUAGAAUUU